AUGGAUAUGAACAAGCUUAUUAAGUUUUUAGCGGAAAGCCAACAACAGCAGCAGGCCGCCGAGCUACAGCAGCAGCAGCAGCUGGUCCAGCAGUUUGGGACCCAACAGCAACAGCUGAUUUUGGAGCUGGGAUGCCAGAACCGAGACCACCAGCAGCAAUCCCUGCAGCAGUUGGUGACCUUGCUGCCCCGUCCUGCGGAGCCCCAGCCUGCGGGUGCCACUGGACCCCCCAGCCUGGCCUCUCCCAUCCGGUUGACAAAGAUGGGCCCCAACGACGACCCACAAGCUUUUCUGCAUCCCCCGUUCACCUUCGUGCUGAACCGUGAGACACGACUUGUGGCGGGCGCCAGACGACUAGCCGCCAAAAUGCCGCUGAGGAGCGCGGCCACUGGACAAGCAGCCGUUGAAAUGCCACCGAGAAGCGGCAACGCCAAGAAGCGUCGCCGCCGAAAUGCCGCCGAGAAGCAGCGGCAUUUCGGUGCUGCUGCGAUGCUGGGACUCCUCCCCACGUUCCCCUGCCUGCUCCUCCUUUCCCUGCCGGGCCCCAGCUCUGGCUCCGAUGACGACGGCACCGUGGUGCUCACCACCAGUGGCCCCAUCCAGGGCAAGCGCCUCCAGGCCGGCUCCAGCACAGUGACGGCCUUCCUGGGCAUCCCCUAUGCCGAGCCCCCCGUGGGGGCCUUGCGCUUCCACAAGAAGGAACUGAAGCUGCCCUUUGUGCCUACACCAGACGGGGAUUUCCUCCUUGAUACACCACCAAGACUCCUGCAGGCCAGGCAUGGCCAGCCAAUACCCAUUGCAGCUGGUUUCACCACCAACGAAGGCUCCUACAUAUUAUACUUUGCUGCCUCUAGCCUCAACCUGGACAACGCCAGCUCCAUCGGCUGGGAGGAGCUGCUGCAGGUGGUGAGGCUGAUAGUGCCAGGGGUGCCAGACGAGGCCAUCCAAGCCAUGGCACGGUGGUACAUCCAGGAGGGGGAGGAGCAGGGAGAGGCACGGUACCGAUGGGCCAUGGAACAAAUCGCUGGCGAUUAUGUCGUUGUGUGCCCGAUACUGGAGAUGGCAAGGCAAGAGACAGAGGCUGGAAAUCCCGUGUACACCUACCACUUCGCCCACCGUAGCAGCGGCGUGUCUGCACCUGAAUGGAUGGGGGUGCCACAGGGCUCUGAGAUGCCCUAUGAGUUCGGGACCCUGGCAUCCAUGGUAGGAUCCAACCACACAGAGGCUGAGGUAGCGCUGAGCCGCAGGGCGAUGCAUUACCUUGCAGUGUACACCUGGAGCGGGUAA